CAAAACGACAUAUCUCCAUUUGCAUAAAAUACUUGUAUUGUUCGAUCAUGGGUGUCACUAGGGCCGAGGAAGAGCAGCUCACCGAGGAGUGCAAGCAGCUGCUUUCCUCUCUUCCCAAAGAGCGGGGCUGGCGAACUUCCCACCUCUACCAAUACCAAGGCUUUUGGUGCCAGCCGGCGGAGAUUCAGGCCAUUGUCUCCUUCCAAAACCACUUCCAAGCCUAUGACAAUGACAUUAUAUUGGCCACUAUGCCAAAAUCAGGCACCACUUGGCUCAAAGCCUUGGCUUUCGCGGUCGUGAAUCGCGAUCAUUUCCCCGUCGACUCGGACAAGCACCCCUUGCUCACCUCCAAUCCCCACGACCUUGUGCCUUUUUUGGAGUACAAAAUCUAUGCCAACAACCAAAUUCCUGACCUUUCCAAGCUUAGCGCCGAUGAUCAGGACCGGCCUAGGCUUUUCGGCACCCACAUUCCGUUUCCUUCGUUGGCGAAUUCGGUGAAAAAGUCCAACUCAUGUCGCGUUGUGUAUCUUUGCAGAAACCCUUUCGACACCUUCAUCUCGUCGUGGCAUUUUAUUGGCUCCAUGUCUCCGUUUACACUAGAGGAAGCCUUUGAAAUGUGUUGCAGAGGGGUUAUCGGUUUCGGGCCAUUCUGGGACCACAUGUUGGGGUACUGGAAGGAGAGCUUAGCGAGGCCUGAAAAUGUGUUGUUCUUGACAUAUGAAGAUCUCAAAGAGGACGCCGUUUUCCACUUGAAGAGACUGGCCAAGUUCUUGGGGCGUCCUUUUUCUUUUGAGGAGGAAACAAGUGGAUUGGUGGAGAAGAUAGCAAAGCUUUGUAGUUUCGAGAAUCUGAAGGGAUUGGAGGUCAACAAGAAAGGGAAAUCUAUUAAGAACUUUGAGAAUAACAAGUUGUUCAGAAAGGGAGAGGUGGGAGAUUGGGUCAAUUACUUGUCACCUCUAAUGGUGGAGAAGAUGUCCACAAUUAUGGAGGAAAAGUUGGGUGAUUCCGGUUUGAAGUUCAAAGUAGUAAUUUCCUAGUUUGGAUAAUGCUUCUUCUUUUUUUUUUAUGCAUGUGGAGAAAAAAUAUAAAAUGUCCAGUUUCAAGUUCUUUUUUGUUUGUAUUCCUUCUUAUAUGUUGAACUGUCGUCUCUUCCUAAGUUUAUUAUUUUCUUCCCUUCAAGAAAAAAAAAAAAAAAAGCCUGUAGAAAAUUCCUUGGAACCUAUUGGAAAAAAAACAGUCUAUUUGGCACGACUCGCGCUUUCCACGAUCGCAUGUAGAAUACCAGCGGA